GUCCACAUUCCGGUCGCGGUGUUCUUUGUGGUCUUCUUCUUUGGCCACCACCUCCGCUCCGGGCCGCAGAUGUGGCUCGACAAGCUCUGCAUACAUCAGACGCGCCAGGAUCUGAAGGAGAAGGGCCUGAAAGCACUGCCGGAAAUCGUCACGCUCUCGGACCGGAUGCUGAUCCUUUGGGAUCCGGAGUACUUCGAGCGUUUGUGGUGUUGCGCUGAGGUGGCCAUCUUUUGCUCCACGAAGUCUGGAGCCGACCAGGUGGACUUUGUGCCCCUGUGGAUGGCACCCUGGGUGCUCUCCACCGUCUUGGCACAG